AAACAUUAACCAGACCAGUGUGUCUGCGUGUCAGAAGAAGUUUUCACCUGCCAGUGAAACAUGGCGACGGCCGCUUCUGUGUGGUCUAAAGGACAGAUGUUGUACAGGUAUUCUGUGAAUCUGCACCAGGCCACCAGGAGGUUUUCAGAGAGCAGUGACAAAGGCUGGUUUCGUUCCUUAUUUGUGCACAAAGUCGAUGCCAGGAAAGAUGCCCACUCCAACCUGCUGUCAAAGAAAGAGACCAGCAACCUGUAUAAAAUCCAAUUUCACAACGUCAAACCAGAAUGCCUGGAAGCAUACAACAGUCUAGAGGCCGAAGUGCAAAAUAGGCUCCAUCACGACCAGGACUACCCAUGUGAGGUGGUCGGAAGCUGGAAUGCGCUGUACGGAGAACAGGAUCAAGCUGUGCAUCUAUGGCGAUACAGAGGAGGCUACCCAGCCUUGACUGAAUGCCUGAAGAAGUUGAACAAUAACAAGGAGUAUUUAGCGUUUCGGAAAGAGAGGGCGAAAAUGUUGAUUUCAAGGCGAAACCAGCUUCUUCUGGAGUUUAGUUUUUGGAAUGAACCACUGCCCAGACAAGGACCAAACAUCUAUGAAAUGCGCACCUAUCACCUCAAGCCAGGAACCAUGAUCGAAUGGGGCAACCGCUGGGCGAGGGCAAUCAAAUACAGACAGGAGAACAACGAGGCAGUGGGUGGGUUCUUCUCACAGAUUGGCGACCUGUAUGUCGUUCAUCACUUGUGGGCUUAUGAAAGCCUCCAGUCCCGGGAGGAGACGAGAAACUCUGCCUGGCUGAAGGAGGGAUGGGAUGUAAAUGUGUAUUAUACGGUGCCUUUGAUCAGAAGCAUGGAGUCUAGAAUAAUGAUUCCCACCAAGAGCUCACCACUACAAUGA